CGACAAGCCCGUUACAUUGGACAUCGAUAUGUCCUGACGCUUAUAGAUCACUACUCUAGGUAUGUAAAAUUUAUAAAGAUGAGAUCAAGGUUAGCGGAGGAGGUAGUGAAGGGUUUGCAAACGUACAUGGGAGAUUUUGGGGCACCGAAAGUGCUCUUAACGGACAAUGCGCGCGAGUUCCACGCAACCAUUGUCAAAGAGCUAUGUACUAGAAUGGGCACCCAGUUGGUGUUCAGCACUCCUUACCAUCCCCAAGGCAACUCUAUCUCAGAACGGAUGCACAGAACAAUGAAAUCAGUCCUAGCUACGUUGUGCCGAGGACACCCACACCGGUGGCCAAACUAUCUUGGACAGUGCCAGACAGUCUUAAACGCGGCAGUGCACGAAACCACCGGGGAGCAACCGUUCUACCAAAUGUUCUCUCGUUACGCGCCACGAAGUGUAAGUGCGCCCUUACCACAGGACGAUGAUGACGCGGACAUAAAAAUCGCGAUGAGGUGGUUAAAGAAACUAAUAGGGAGAGAGCACAAAAGUGGCGAGACAAGGCUAAUCGAGGGAGAACUAAUCAGAGGGUAGAACUUAACAGUUUGGUGUGGGUGAAAAAGGAACAAGAUGAGUCCUCGGUACAGCGGAAGUUGGGAGUGAAGUGGUUAGGUCCGUACAAAGUUAAAGAAAUACUUAGGGAUGGAAGUGCAUAUGUGCUAGAGAAUGUUUUCAAUGGAACACAAAUACAACGUGCGGCCGAGAAAAUCAAACCAUACGUAGGAAAAGAACAAGUCCUCAUCGAACAGGAGGAAGUACUCGUACCACCGGUGGACGAUAGUGAUGAGGACGAAAUUGAACAACGUCCCACGAGGGAAAGAAGGCCGCCCCGAAGGCUAAUAGAGGAAGUUUAGGUAGGCUCCUGGGACAGAGUUGCGCGGUGCAGGACAGUAAUGAACCCUCUUUGUUGCAGUGCAGAGCGGCACUGGGAAAUCUCUCCCGCAUCCAGGGUCAGCGAAACCAGAGGAAGCAUGGGGACCCAGAAGAACCUCGUCAACCCCACCAGGAAUAUCUGGAACGACCUGGGCUCCCUGCAGAAGGUGUGGAGAAGGGGCUGGAAAGGUCCUACCACGCAACCCCGGAUGCCAGGAGGAGGUGGGAGGUACACACCUGACACCCUACCAGGAUGCCGGGUCCUGAUGAGACCCCAAGGCACUCGUGCCUAUAUUAUGGAAUAAUGUAGUACUAUAUGGUUGGCCGCGAUUGAAAAAAAAAAAAAUUUGUGACCCUUAAAUAAUCUGGUAAACUAUUUUUUUUUUAAUGUUUAGUAGGAUGUUUUGUAUAUGAUGUAACUAAAUGUUUUAUAUGGAGUGAGUAGUAAUGUGAUUGUUUUUUUAGACAAGUUACCCAUGGGUUCAAGACUUUGAGAAAGGGAUUUCAAUCUCAGGAAGGAGGGAGCCGUGUAACGGUCCGAAUGUGAGUGAACGAGAAUGUGGGUAAGUCAGUGAGUAACAGAGUGAGUAAGUGUAAGCGAGUGCGUGAAUGAACGAGAGAAUGUGAGUAAGUCAGUGAGUGACAGAGCGAGUGGGAGCGUGGAUGAGUGAAAGAGUGAAUGAGUGAAUGGGCGGCUAAGGAAUGUAAGUGCGUAAAAGGUUAUGAGAAGAUAACACGGUGAGCGAAUGAGUAAAUAUCAUGAACGAGAGUUACUGAAAUCCCUCAUUUCAAAGCCUCGAACCCCCCAAGAAACCAAUAACUAGUUAGUUAGAUAGGUAGGGUUUGAUUGUAAAAGAAUGUUCCGGAAGGGAGAGAGAGUCAGUAAUGCGGGGUUAAGGAUCACGUGAUGGGGGAAGGGGGAGGAGCUUAGCGAGGAGCAGAGGCGAGAAGCCGAGGGCAAGGAGACCCACGGGCCAGUGAGGAAGAGCACCACAAGCUUGGGAGACGUGAGGACACGAACACCCCUACAACAAGGAGCGGCAGCGAGAAAUCACAGAGAAGCGGGCUGGUCAGAGAGGUGUCCAUCUCUCCACUCAGCCCCCCCCCGAAGAACCACCCACGGCCUGCUGUGUGAGACGGACUACAGGAUGGGAACUUGUAUGGCGGGGUAACCUGCCCCUCGACUGCCCGAGUGGCCGUCCUACCACUGCCCUGGUGGCCGAUAUACCACUGCCCCAAGCUGCUCCCUACAUCACGACGAGCGCCCGCCUCUUCACACCACCCGAGCUGCUCCCUCUCCACAUCAAGCGGCGCCCGUCUGUCCAUCACCAGGACCGCCCCUUUCCCAUGUGGACGUCCCCUGCCGAGCCCGACGCUCACGCCAGCUCCUGCUUCUCCUCCUCCAGCAACCAGAGCGAAGCAUUAUGUGUAUUCCCCAAAUCUUCCUUGUGCCGGUAGCUAGUUAGAUUAGAGGCAUACAGCCUGUCAGUCAGUCAUUUGUUAGUACUCCGCUAACCCUUGAAAAAUGAAGCUAAAUACAUAUUUAUAUACAACCUUACUGUGAGUGUUAACAUUUGGAGCCUGUUUUGCUGCUCAUUUGAGAUUACUGAACCCUUACCCCCCCCCCCCCCCCAUAGUACAUUAUCACCAUCCAGUUUCUUAACGCUGUCUCACAAGUGGUUCACACGGAAAUCCUCCCACCUUCCAUAAUUAAUCACACAAGUAACGCCCUUCUGGUCACAAACCUCGGAACGAGUGUUCACUUGUCCUGAGGCCUUACCAUCCGGGACCAGCGCUCGGGAAUGUAGACGACUACCACGCUACCACAUACCAUCACAACCAUAGUGGUCGUCAAAAAGGGAUGUAGCGACACACACCCCGCUACAACAGCGGCCCCUCCACCCUACAACCGCUUGAGAAAGCCCAGAACUCUACCCUCCGUGUCAUCCUCGGGGCGCCCCUAUGGACGAAAUGCGUCUGCCUCAGAGCGGAGGCGCGCAUAAGCAGUGUCGUCACAAGAGUAACUCCGCUCUCUGUCGGCCACCUGUCGACGCUGCUGUGCCACAAGGGCUCGGAGCCGCUACGGGCCUCAGUCGGCCAAGCCCUAUUGCGGGCGCCGAUCCUGUUCCGCAAGAGGACGUGGGCGGCGAUUGCAGCCCCAAGCUCAGAACUACCCCCUUGUCCAGCGUGUUUCUGAGGGACAGAGAUCCACCUUACCCCGACUAUCCUGCCCCUCCCCCCUGGGCGGCGGCCCCCUUCACAACCACCAUCCGACCGCUGCCAGCGAGGAAGGCCUUGUUAGUUGGAGAGCGGCUGACGAGGGAGGCCAUGGAUAGGGAGAAGGACGUGGCGCGGCCCUACGCUCAUGUAUAUUACUCCGACGGAUCUAUCAGCCAUCACACCCGAGCAGUCGGUGCGGCGUUCGUCACGGCCGGGCACACUGCCAUGUUCAGGCUGCCGGAAGGGUGCUCCUUCACCCAGGUCGAACUAGUAGCUAUUCACCAGGCGCUGCGCUAUGCUGUAGAGGAGGGCAGAGGCGACGCGAUCCUCCACUGUGACUCAGUGCCAGCUAUUCAGUCACUCCACCGGGACCCGUUGGCGGACAACGCCACCCUCCUUACCAGCAUCCACGUCCUGAUGCGGAUAAUGGAGGGGGCCGGCCGUCACGUGGCCGUCAACUGGAUCCCCAGCCAUGCCGGUGUGCCGGGGAACGAGGCGGCUUACUAGGCGGCCUAUGAGGCCACGCUGCUCCCAUCGGUGACGUACCGCCUACCACCGAGCGUGUCCCUCCUCAAGACGAACAUGUCGUCGUAUGCCUCGGCUGCCACCACCAGGGAGGUGGAGGAGGCUCUGGCAGCAGACUCCCCAUCUGCCUACUGGUAUAUUACAGCGACCGGCUCGGGCUCACGCCAAGUACCAUCGGCCGUCCGCAGGCGUGUGGCAAUACGUCUCCAUCGCCUACGCCUCGGAUACAAAUGCGCCUCACUGCUACACCCAGACGGUCCAGUUCCGGUGGAGUGCCCUCACUGCGACGAGGAAGUGGGCCACCCGCUCCUCCACUACCUCCUGGAAUGCACGAGCACACAACCCCUCCUCCAAAACCCCGAGGGGCUAUCUGCGCCUGCUCUCAUUCUGUCAUUCAUAGUCUUUCAGAUGAGGCCCUGGUGCGCCUCGUGAGGGACUACGACCCGCUCCGCUAGAGCCGCUCUCCGAACGCCAUCCUGCUACGGGCCGUCGUUAUUCGACAAGGGCCCGUUUCCCCCUCGGGGGGAAAUCGUACCACCACCACCAGUGGGAAACCCAGUGGCACGCCAGCCCUCGUCGGGCAAGCAACUUGGCCGGCCCUUCCGCCGGUAGUAGACUGCCUGGUUGCUCGCCAGGCUCCUGCUACAGGCGCCCGGGGGACCCGUGCCUCCGUCGCUGCUCGACGGCUGUUACUCGUGGCGGCGGCGGAGGCGUCCCCACACCCGCCUCGAGUUUCAAUUACUUGUCCCCCCUUACAGGGCCGCCCUUAGGCCAAAGGCCCUGUCCCCUAUUAAGGGGUAAAUCUUUAAAGGAAGCAAGUGGGAAACCGGUCAAGUCUCAUCGGCUGUUAAAGUGUGACCUCUCACUGGAUUUACUUCACACGGCGUCAUCACCUCCCUGACGGUGAGGUACAAUGACAUACCCGAGGAGGAUGCAUUACCUAUUGUUGCUUUAAUCUUGUUUCCUUGUUUCCCAUUAUCACUAAGGGUUACAACUUCAUAAUACCUGGGUUAUAUCUUUGUUUCACCUUAAGUUUAAGUGCAAUAUAAGUAUAAUUAAGUAUAAGUGUUUGAUUUAGCUGUGUUUUACUUUAGAGUUGUUAUUCACCAAAAGCUGUCACCCCUUCUUUCGGUGACGUACCAUACUACCACUACUAUUACUACUACUACUACUAC